AUGGAGGGUACCCAGGAGACCGACCAGCUGAAAAACGCAAUCCAGCGCUUGAAGGAAUUAAACCGUGGCGCCACCGAAGACCGUGACGCUAACCUGGAAGAGGAAUACGCUCGCAUGCGUGACGAGCUGAAGGAGACUAAGAACGCCCGUGACGAAGCUAUCCGAUCCCCUGCACCCUCUGAUACCGCCGCCGGUGGUAGUCACCGCAAGACCGUCAAGAUGCCUGACCCGCCGACGCUAAUUGAUGGCAAGAACGUGCGUUUCAAAGCCUGGAAAACCGAAAUUCGCAAGAAACUCCGACUGAACUAUGAUUAUUACCCUACCGAAGACCACAAGAUGGCUUACCUGAAGAGUCGAUGCGAAGGGAAGGCCCCCAUGCACAUUGACCCUCGCAUGCAGAAAAAUCCCCCCUAA